CUGAUUCUCCAUGUCCAUGGCCGCCAAAAGCUCUGGAGAAGACGUUCUCCAGAGACUGCAGGCUUUGGCAGAACAUUUCCGCACAGGUAAUUCUUCUCAGUCUCCGACGUUGCCGCCACCAGAUCCGGCGGCAACCCAACUCACCAACCGUGCUGCUGUUCUCAUCUGCCUCUUCCUAAGCGACAUUGGCGAACUCCGCGUGAUUCUCACCAAGCGAGCCUCUACGCUUUCUUCCCACUCCGGGGAAGUCGCGCUCCCCGGCGGAAAAAGGGAUCUGAGUGAUGCCGAUGAUGUUGCGACGGCAUUGAGAGAGGCAGAGGAGGAAAUUGGCUUAGCCCCUUCUCUUGUUAACGUCGUCGCUGUUCUCGAACCAUAUGUUAAUAAGAAGGGUAUGACUGUCGUUCCUGUACUUGGGCUGUUAUCUAGGAAGGAAGCAUUCAAACCCACUCCAAGUGCUGCUGAAGUAGAUGCAAUAUUUGAUGCUCCCUUGGAAAUGUUCCUCAAGGAUGAGAAGAGAAGAGCAGUGGAGAAGGAAUGGAUGGGAUAUAAUUAUCUGUUACACUUUUUUGACUAUGAAUAUGAGAAUGAAAAGUAUGUGAUAUGGGCUCUCACUGCUGGGAUCUUGAUCAAGGCAGCUUCCUUGGUGUUCCAGCGCCCACCUGCCUUUCUGGAGCGGCCACCCAGAUUCUGGAUUGCUUCUGCUAAUGGCAGCCAAACUUGAGAUUCUCAGAAGUGAAGGUAUUUAGUGGACAAUCUCGUGGUGUAUUGUCGCAACAUUAGAUGUUUGUCAUUUUGUAGGGAGGAGUAAAUAUUAUACUAAGAGUGUCUAACUAUGAAUGCAUCUUCUAUUGUUCCAAUUACAACUGAGCUCUUGGUAACUUUUGGAGUUACAAUGUAUUUCAGUUAUGUUAA